AUGAAUGAAUUUGUCUUCUUUUUUUUAUUUUGCAUCGUAGUUUUACUAAUUUGAGAUAUUAAAAUAUUAUACCUUUUGUUUAAUAUUAACAAAUAAGUGAUUAUUUCGUAUAUGUGUAUAAAAAUAACUUUUGAUUGCAGAAAUAUUAAAAAUUGAGGAAUUCUAACCUCAAAAAUUCAAAUCAAGAUGAAGUUUCAAGUUUUCGCCUCUAGAUGUCAGCGAAGUGUUGGUGAAACAAAAAUGGUCGACAAACGAAAAUGUAGCGGUGCACGUCGAGUUUACAUUAGAUUUAAAUCGCGUUUAGUGCGUGGUUUACAGGGCGGCCGGUUGCAAAAAUGGUGAGAUAGUGUUGUUCUUGGUGAGAACGAGAGACGGGAGAACAAUGGCGUCAACGCCCAAGUCCGAAAAAUGUCCAGAAGUUGAGGAAAGAUCGGGAGGAAAAGCGCGUGGCGGUAAGCUUGCGCGUCGGGCUCGUUCCUUCAAAGAGGACUUCCUGGAGAAAUUGUCACAGAUGCGUUCUCCAGGUGGUAGUACUGGAGGCGGUGGUAGUGCAGCCGGUACAAGGGCAGCCUCACCCUCAUCACCUCGCACACCUCGUGACAAGACUGUAGCCACUGAGAAUCAGGACAAAAAUCCUCUUCGUGAUCUUCAUAUACAUGUUCGUCAGGUACAGUUGGCCCUUUUGCACUUUCGCGAUGUCGUGUCGAAAAACAAGCUCGAGAUGCUUCCGGGAAACGGUACCAUCGUCCUGGAUACUGUCACGACAAUACACACUGUACUCAAGUCUUACCUCCUCUCCGAGAACAGCUCGACAUUGGGCUCGGCCACGAAUCAAGUGUAUCAAGCACUGGCACAAUUGCUAAAACUUUGCGAUGAUGUGUUACUACAUGGAGAUCAAUCUUCAGCGCUCGACACGGAGAAUGUCAACCAUGUUAUUGGUUUAGUGGAGGAUGCUGUUAAAAAUCUCGUUACAUUGGCACAAGAGAAAAUUUCCAGUCGACAGAAACCUCCACCAGUUGCUGGGAACAAUAAUAGAACGUCGGGAUACAGUUCGGAAUUGACAGCGCAACGGAAUUCUUUACCUGACAUUCCACUGACACCAAGGGAACGACAAAUUUUGGAACAGGCAGCAACAACCAGCAGCUUAGUUCGUAGUUCACACAGUUCUGAAUCAAUCCUUAGAGAUUCGAGUCCACCCCCGAAACCACCUCUUCCUGAUAGAACAAUAUGCGUGUCGGAUGAAAACAGUUCUUCGGGAACACCGCCACCUUUGCCACCGAAAAGAAGAACACGAACUGAACAAUUAAUUGAUGAAACUGAUGGUCUAUUGACAACUAGUCUCGAUAGGGUUUCAUUACGCAGUAGAUCACCAGAGGAUUCGUCGUCACUUCUCAGUGCAUCGGCUGGAAGUUUAGAUUCGGCAUUAAAUCAUUCGCGUGAUGAGGAUGAAAUCCGUGCAAUUAUGGGACCAAACGAUGAGUCUCUUAAUGAUAGUAUGGAUCUUAGUUUAAUGGCGACAAUUCAAGGGAUGCAAGUUAAUGGAACGUCACAUUGCGGUUGUUGGGAAGGUUCGGAAACAAGUUUAUCAAACACUAUGUUGCUAGGUCAGCAAACUUCACAAGAUAUUCUCGGUCCCUUUGCCGCAAAAAUGGAACGACUAUCGACACAAACACAAGAAUCUGGUUUUGUAUCGUUACAUUCACAAAGAAGUUCUUCUCAAAUUUACACCACUUCGAGUAUGGCUUCGAAAAGAUCUUCGCAGCAAAGUAGUAUCAGUUACAAUUCACAGUCAUUUAGCUCGCAGCAACAACAGCAGCAGCAGUCGUCGUUUUCACAGCAAAAGCUUACUACCACCGAUAAUAACGGCACAGUUUACUCGCAGAAAACGAUAACCAGCUCGAAAAGUUCAGUCAGCACGACAAACAUAACAAGCACCGGAGAUCCGGCUCUAUUGGAAAAACUGGAAAUUGAGGAUUGUUUAGCGGCGGACGCAAAUGGUGUUCCACCGGCGCUUCCGGAAAAACGUUCGAAACGCAGAAAAGAGAGACAUCCCUCGCAAUAUGACAAUGUACCCGAAAAUGAACACUUGUCAACUUGCAGUUUAUACAGCAAUGGCGAUAACUAUGAUUCCAGUAAACCACCACCAUUACCAAUUAAAAAACGACACAUGUUCCAAUCUGUGGCUUAUUCUGUUAUGGCGUACAUGGAAAUGUUUGGAAACAUUUCAAGUAACAACGAUUUUAUUUCGGAUUUGGAAACGAGACACUCGAUGGCAGCUUACAAUUCAAUGCAAGCUGAAUGGCAGCAGCAAGAAAUGUCUCUUACAACGACGCAAUCUUGUUCUUUUAUGACCCAUACGUUGACAAGUUUGCACGACAGUUCGAGCAUUUCAAUCAACACGACACCAUCGAUAAAGGAAGUCGUGACCAAUUCUAGUCUGCCUCCAGCAUUACCGCCAAAGAGAUCUCGUUCUAUGAAAUCAAACGUUACCCCACCUCCAAUUUCACCGAAACCAACUGUCAGCAUGCAAAGUAUACACAAACCGGAGACAAUUUCGACAUCGAGUCCACUUAAGAUUGAAGAUUCCAAAUGUAUCGCGGAAUCUAAAUCUGUUACACCUUUAACUCCUGUUUCGUUGAACAACAAUUUACAUGCAGACAAUCCAUCGAGACCAGUAAGCGAUGCACUCUCGAAUAUAUCUGUCGAUGAAAAUACACUUGAAUUACACGACGUGGACCAGGAUGAUAGUAUUUUAGAUGAGUUGGAGAUAAAUAAUUGUCUUGUAUUCAAAAAGCCAGAAGAAGAUGGUCCAGAUAUUCGUGGUGGACUUCCGGAUGCUUUGCUAAUUCACGCCACCAAAGCAAACAAACACGACGAGAAGGAAUCAGAUUUCUUGUACCAAGAAGCAUUUUUAACGACGUAUAGGACUUUUAUGUUGCCUCUGGAUCUAAUUAAAAAGUUACAUAGGCGACAUCAACGUUUUUCCUGUUCUCCGGAUGUUGCAAAGCAACGAGCUGCGAGGGAGGCUUUCUCUCUCCUAGUUAGAGUCGUUAGCGAUUUAACAAUCUAUGAUCUCGAUGAUAAACUUUUACAAACCCUAAUGGAAUUUGUCCAACAAUUGGUAUGCAGAGGUGAUUUAACAAUGGCAAAAGCAUUGCGUGUGAAAAUAUUGGAAAAACACACGGCAAAGAAAAUGCAAACUACACAACCAAUUCUCUCAUCGUUAAGUGUCACGACAAAGCAAGCAUCAUUAUUGGAUUUUAAAAGUGAACAAAUUGCCGAGCAAAUGACACUUCUUGAUGCUGAUCUUUUUAUGAAAAUUGAAAUUCCCGAAGUAUUAAUAUGGGCACAAGAUCAAAAUGAAGAGAGAAGUCCAAAUCUCACACGUUUCACAGAACAUUUCAAUAAAAUGUCCUACUGGGCAAGAUCGAGAAUAUUGGAACAUCGUCUUGAAAAUGAAGCUAAAGAUCGUGAAAAAUAUGUUGUGAAAUUUAUCAAAAUAAUGAAACAUUUAAGGAAGAUUAAUAAUUUUAAUAGUUAUCUUGCAUUACUAUCGGCAUUGGAUAGUGCACCAAUUAGACGACUCGAAUGGCAAAAACACAUUACCGAAGGAUUAAAAGAAUAUUGCGCAUUAAUCGAUAGUUCCAGUAGUUUUCGUGCGUAUAGAAAUGCAUUGUCGGAAACACAACCUCCCUGCAUUCCUUACAUUGGUCUUGUCCUUCAGGACUUGACAUUCGUUCACAUUGGGAACAACGAUUUGUUGCCUGAUGGCUCUAUUAAUUUUUCCAAACGAUGGCAACAAUUCAAUCUUGUUGAAAAUAUGAAGAGGUUUAAAAAGUGCACGUAUCACUUUAAAAAGAAUGAGCGCAUCAUUGCGUUUUUCAACAACUUCAGUGAUUUCCUCUGCGAGGAUGCAAUGUGGCAAAUAUCUGAGAGCAUCAAACCCCGAGGCGGAAAGAAAUCAUAAUUUUCGAAAGAAAAACAAACAACAAAUUCUCUUCUUUAAAGCAAAAGAAACCAUGAAAGCGGACAAAGAAUGUUCUUUAAAGGUAUUAUUUUUUUUUCUUUAUUAUUUUUAUUAUAUUAUUUAAAAAGCAAACAAAAUCGAUUUGUUUAUCGAUCGACAAAUACAAAAAGUCGGAAUCUUAGUUCCGAAUUCGAUUAUUUAACCGACCUCUAUGAGGUUGAAUUUUAACUUCAGGUUUUUCGUAAAAAAAAUAUAUAUAUAUAUAUACAUAUAUAAAAUACGUGGAGAGAAACCUGAAAAGCAUAUUAGAAAAACGCCAAAUACGAUCUCGCGCUCUUCGUUAGCCUUUGAUCUAUGCUUUAGCAUAGUAAAAUAUUAAUGUUUUGCUUUAAAAAAAAAGUAAUAAUCUCGAACGCUAAAAGACGUAUCGAGCAAAAAUGCUUUAAAGAAUAAUUGUAAUUAUAAAUGAGUAGAUGACUAACACAAAACCCCAAAACUUUAAAAAUUCUACUCUACGAGUAAACUAUCUAUUAUUUAUUUAUUCAAUUAUUAUUAUUAUUAAUAUUAUUAGUAAUAUUAUUAUUACUAUUAUUAUCAUCACUAUUAUUAUUAUUUUCGCAACUAACGUGUAAGAUACAAAAAAGUAGGCAUUUUUACUUUUGAUUAUAUAUAUAGAUUAAAAUUCGUUGUCUAGGUUUACGUAGAUAGAAAAGCGUUUAAAUGGUCAACAAUUCACUUGUUGAUUAUACAAGGAAGAACACCAAUUACGUUGAUUAAAAUGUAGAGCCAUUGUUGUUCCGCAUUGUCGUUCUUAUAAGAAUACGUGAUUCGGAACGCGUGGUAUGACUGAGAGCAAAAAAAUAAAAAUUAAAAAAAAAAAAGAAAAAAAAACUACUGUUGCAUAUACUAUUGUAUAUGAUUAUAUAGAAAACAUUUUGUUGCAAAACUUGUUAAUAGUUAUUCAAGCUUUUAGCUUUAAAUCAAGCCGCUAUUUAGGUAAUUAGAAAACUAACGUGAAAACAAAAUUAUUCUUAAGAUUUCCAAUUAUUUAUAGAGAUUCUCUUUUUUUUUUAAAUAAAGUUGACUGACAAAAGUUUACGCUGAUAAUUUUUUAAAAUUAAACAUUUAUCUAAAUUCACAUUUUCUUUAGUUAUUUAAAUAAAUUCUCCUGUUGUAAGUUUUUGAUCUAGAAAAAAUGGAAAAUUUUAAAAGAAGUAACCGAAAAAUACAUUUUUUUUGUUAAGUGCCAAGAAAGAGUGCUAGAAAUUAAAAUUAAAUUUUAUAUAUAAUUCGUGUGAUAUUGAAGAAAAGUAAUUAAAAAAAUUUGAGAGAAAUAAAAAUUAAGGGAGAUAAAGUUUUCAGCGUUAACUUUUAGCAGAAACUUAAGCAAAAAAAAAAAGAACCCCGUUUAUGGUGUCUCGAAAAAUUAGAUUUUUUUUUUUCUCUAUAUAGUUUUCAAUUUCAAUUCCCACAAAUAAAUAUAAAUUUUUCCUUCAUUACAUUUUUCUACACUUACAAAUAGGAUCUUCCGAAAACAAAAAAAAGAGAGAAAAAAAAUGAAUUCAACGCGGUAAUUCAUUAGUCAAUUAAUCGAGAGUAUAGUUGAAAAAAAUGUGUAGGAUCUUGUUUAGAAAUUUUCACAAGCUUAAAAGAGAAAAAAUGAAAUUUAAAACAUACAUAGAAUAAAAUGCCUAAAUGAAAUGAUCACACAGUCCAUUGAAAUUUUUAGUAAUGAUUGAUUUUUUAUAUUUAUAAUCAAUUCCUAAUUUUUUCAUUUCGCUUUGUAAAUAACGGUUUUGUAUUUAAUUAUACUAUCUGGUAAUUUUUUAUUUGUAGAUAAGUCAUUACUUAAACAAUGAAAAGAAAUUAAUUUUUUUUUGACAAUUUUGAUUAAAUUAAAUAUUAAAAAAAAGACAUUUAUAUAAAGUUAAAUCACUAGAAAAUUGGUAAAAUAUUUAUUGGUAUAAAGUUGAAGAGAAAAAUAAUUUAAGUUUUGUAAAAUAAAAAAUUAAUCGAAAAUUGAAUUAAAAAGUCAACAGGAACAAUUUAUAUCUUGUUCAUUAUUAAAUAAUUGUGACAAAAUAUAAUUUUUAUAAAUAUUUUUCUAUAUAGCAAAUUAAAUUUCAGAAAAUUAUCAAUUAUUUUUUUCUUAAAAAUUCGCAAAAAAAAAAAAAAAAAAAUUAUAAUAAAUUAAUAAUAAAUUUGCUAAUAAUUGUUAAACGUAAUUUUUUUCUAAUAAUAUUUUUUUAUUAAACACACUUUUCGAUAAAAAUCAAAUUGAGGGAGAAAUUUUAAUUUCUAUAAACAAUAAAUAAUUAAUAAAAAAAAACUUAAUAAGAAUUACCAAUAAUUGAUUAUAGUUAAUUUUUGAUAAAUAAUUAAUAAAUUUGUCAAAUUUGACAAAAACUAUGUUUUGUAAAAAUAAAAAUUUGUAUAGAAUUAAUUUAUAUAGAUUUUUGAAUUAAAUGAAUUGAUUUUUCAAAAAAAUCAUGAUUUAAGCUGAAUUUUUAUAGAAUUUACGAAUUUAUUUUUUCGAUUAUUAAAGUAAAUUAUUUGAUUGAAUAACUUUUUUUUGAGAAUGGACGAGUUGAACGAAUGAGUUUUUUUCGAUUCGGUAGUCAGUUAAUUGUAUAAAUAAUUCUAAUAUUUAAUUUUGAGUCGUCGAAAGAAUACUGUAUUUAAAAACUACUUGUAAAUAACGAAUCGAUACGAACUUGUUUCAUGUGCUGCGCUAACAGCGUCUAUAUUAUAUAAUAAUGAUAGGUAUAUAAUAUAUAUAUAUACAUAUUACACUUGUUCUUUCAUCGUUACAUCCAUGACAUAUAUAAAAAAAAAGAAAAUUGUAAUUUCUAUAUUAAGCGGACAUUCUCUUUGUGAUGCCAUUAUUUUCUAUAAUAUUAGUCACGCGCUCUCAUUAUUUAAAUAUUUAUUUUACGAUUAAAAUCAAAGAACUCGGGAAAUUUUUUAAUUAUUUUACAUUUUGGUUCUUUUUAUUUUCGUCUUUUGACCUUAAAUGCAUUUUUUUAUUUUUAAAGAUGUUGAUAUUUUUUACUUUUAACGUAAUUUAUACUUUUUUAUAUAUUUAAUUUUAAAGGAUAGUUUUUUUUUUAUUUAACAUAAUUUUCAGUUUUGAUUUAAAUUUUUUUUAAAAAUUAUUUAUACUUUUUUAACGAAUGUAAUCCAUUGUGGAUUUUUUUCGAAAUUUAAUAUAUAUUCGAUCCGUUGACAAAAUCUCAAUCUGAAAAAUCCUUUGGAAGAUUUUUAAAAAAGUUUUCAUUUUUAAUAAUUUGAAAGAUUUUUAAACCAAAUAUUUAAAAAUUAAAUUGAAUUAAAAAACUGUUUAUUUUACAAAAAAUUAGUAUUUUAGUUGUUACUGAUUUUAACAAAUAAUGUUGAGAUUAGGUCAAUGGUUUCGAAUUUUUUUUUAUUUACUUUGAAUGUUACUGAUAAUUUUUUGACCAUUUGAAUGAAAAAAAAACUAUUUUAUACUUUUAAUUAAUAACAAAUUCCAAUGUAGAGUUAAAGAGAAAAAAAAGAUAGUCCUAUGUAAUCUCGAACUUGGAAACUCUUUCCAAUUUGGAGAGCCGAGCGAGACGAAAACAACCAGUGAAUGUGCAACGAAAAACUUAGACUUGAUUUUACCGAUUAGCUAGGAAAUCAUUAUUAAGAUAUUAAGAAAGUAAAGACAUUGUGAUUGAUAAACACGUAUAUCAUAUAAUAAUAUACUUUUGAUUAUUGAGUAUUUUCAUGAAGGUUCAAACUGUAACUCAAUGUUUUUCUAUAAUCUACCACUCGAUAUGAAUGCUUAAAAAAAAAAUUAACAUUAUCGAUAUUAUAUAGACACUGCGUUUGUAUUUUGCUGUAGACUUUGGCCAAUUAACACAUAUGCACAUUAAUUAUUAAUAAUAUUAUAUAAUAGCUUUCCACUCGUGCUGCACAAUCUGUCUCCAAAGCGAGAGAUAUUUGUAGCUUUAUAGAUUCAAAAUAGUUGAAUUUGCUUUAAGAGUCUCUUUAAAUCAGAAACAACAAACACUCUUUUAAAAAGUACCAAUUUCGAUUUUUUAUUCGAAUUGCAAUUCUAUAAUUUUUUACAGAACAGUCUAUUCGUCCAAAGAUUCGCUUUUUGUCAAUAUAUAAAAAUUUUCAAAUUAAUUCAAUUUUCAAAUUUAUUUGAAAAUUAAAGAUAUUAACAAUUUCUCUAAUUUAUAAAUUGAUAUUAUUAUUUUUUUUUUUAAUUUAAUUUGUAGAAAAAAUAUAUUAGAUAAUUAUACGAUAUAUAAAUUAUUUAAUAUUUAUAAUUUUCGAAUUAUAUAUAAUGAAAAUUGAAAAAGUUGAAAAAAAUUUGUUUUUUAAUAUUCAUUUGUAUUGAAGGAAAAAGCGUUUCUCGAUGGAUUCUAAUUUUUCAUUUUUAGAAAGCACCAAGAUUUUGCUCAAUCGUCUCAAUAACUAUACAGAUUAGUAUUUUACACUUGAAAAAACAAUUGUAGAAAAAUAACAUAUCGUAUCCUAGACUCUUUAAAUGAAUCGAAUAUUGAUUUUAACGACUGUUUCUCUCAUGUGAGUGUUAUAAAAAAAAUUCUUUCUGAGGAUUAUUUAUGUCAGUUUUUUUUAAAAAUAAUUAUAUUUUUUAUAUAUUAAAAUUUUCUUUUAGAAGUGUUUCUUAAAUAUUUUAAAAGUAGAUUUAAUGUAUUUUUAAAAUACUUUGGAAAUAUUUUAUUAUAAUAUAAUGUUAUAAAAAAAAAAUCUAUCCUCAGUAAAGAAAGACUCGUUUUUUGUUUCUAUAAAUACGCAGCACUUUCGUGAUAAACUUUUUUAUUCCCCCCCCCCCCGCCUCCCCCCGUUCAAAAUUCGUCAGUCUUCACUCGUGCACCUGUAAUGAAAAAAUAUUUAUUAACAAAAAAAAAGAAAUAAUAAUAAUAAUCGGUUCUCUAAACGAGCGAGCUCACUAGGCUGUGAAUGAUGAUGGCAUAGUCAAGACCAAGCAUUUAUCAGUGGCUGGUCAUCCGGUUUUUCGGACGUGAAACAUUUGUGUAAGCUUUUUCAAAAAAAAAAAAUUCUCGAGCCAUAAUCCAUCAUAUAGAUUAAAGAAUCAAAUAACUCUCGCUGAAAUCAGUGUAACUGUUAAUAGUGGACGAAAUAAUAAUAAUAAAAAAAAGUAUUGCUGUAAUUUCUAAGGGAAAACCAAUUUACCAUCAGCCUGUAAUGAAUACGAUAAAUGUUUUAUGAUAAAAAAAAAAUCUUUCCUUGGAUAUAUAACAAAUAUGUGUCUAAGCUUAAGGUAAAUCAAUAGCAGUAGAAUAUUAAUUAGAAGAUGUCCGUGCACACUUCAUCUUAACAAUUAAUGCUGAAACGGGUGCUACAGUAGAGCUAUAUAAGAUUAAAAAAAAAAAAAAAAAAAUUUUCAAAACAAACUAAGCAAUUUAUAAUUACUACUAAUCUUUGAGCAGAGAUAUACAUAUCCAUUUACACAAUUUUUUCGUAAUUCAUUCCUGGGAGAAGGUCGAGAAUUUUAUUGUCUAAAGAAUUAUUAUUUCGUUAACAAAUUAAUUUUCAUUUUGUUAAUAAAUUACUGACAGUAAUUACUGACAGACUAACGUUUAGAAUUUAAAUUAUUCUCUUCAAAUCUUUUUUUUUUCUAUUAACAUUUUUUAUUUUAGAAAAAUGUUCAUUUCGUAAAAAUCUUAUUGAGUUCAGGUAUAUAUAUAAUUGUUGAUAAUUGAUGUGAAUUUACUUUUACUUUUGGAUAAUAUUAGAAAUUUUCUUUUAUUAAUUUUUAUUAAUGAAUAUUUAUUUUUAUAAUAUAAUAAUGAAAAUGAAUUUUUUUUUAAAAUUAUAAAUUCAUCUCUAAUUUUAAAGGGGAAAAAAAUCAAUUCAUAAAAUCACUUUCGGGACCAAACUAUACUAUUUUGUCAUUAUUAUCUUAAAAUCUUCAAUUAAAAAUCAUUAAAUGAUUUUACUCUAUUAAAAACAGUAAAUUUAUGUUUUGAAAAGAAAUAUAAUAUUAAUUAUAAAUAUUUCUGGUAUUUUCCAAACAAAACAAAUUACAUCAAUUUUCUUCAAAUUUUACACGUACAUUAUAAAAAGAGUCUUAAAAAAUUUAUUUCUCAAAAAAAAUUUGUUUAUUUUUUUUUUUUUUUUGUAAUUUUAAUUAAAUUUUCAUUAAUCAUUAGUUGAAUUUUACAAAAUAAUACAAAUAAAAUCAGAUUAGCUCAGUAAUGAUUAUAAUUAAUAAAAAAGAAAUAUAAAUACACCAGAGAAAUAACAUACAAUUCAUUAAAAGCAUAUCAGUGGUAUAAGUGAAGUAAAAACUAAUAUAUUUAGACGUCCGAAUAUUUUCUUUUUACACGAUAAUUAAAAAAAAAAGCAAUAAAGAUCCAAAAAAAAAUAAGGGAGUAAACCCCCGGAUUAAAUAGUUUCUUAGCAAUUAAAUUAAUUAAUAGAUGACAUCGAUAAUAUGAUACAUAAUAUGGAUUGGAAUACAAACGUUGCGUUGGCAUGAGUUGGUUGUGAAUUUUCAUGAUUUGCUGUCAAGCUUUCGAUACUAAUUAAUUUAUGCACAUAUGCGUACAUAUAAAUAUUAUAAUUAUUAAUAUAUAUGUAUAAAAAUACAAUUUGACACAAGUAUUUUAAAAAAAAUAUAUAUAUAUUAUAUAUAUAAAAUUGCGACCCGAUGGAUGCGAUUUUUGUGUUGUCGCGAUGUUACAAAAAAUAAUAAUGUACAAUUUCUUGCAAAUAAUUAUAUUUUUUUGUUCAUAUAUCUUGUGGGGAAAUUCGAGGUAUGUAUUUAUAAUACAUACGAUGUUUGAAUGAGACGUUAUUUCUUUCAUUUUGUAACGAAUAUACGAGGGAAAUAAAUAUUGUGUGAAUUUAAA